UUGAGACGAUACAUUUUCAGCAACUUUGUUUCACUGGCCCACUUGAAUAAACUGUGUAUUGUAUCAUAAUAGCAGUAAAAAUGGCCCAAGCACCAUCUUAUAAUGAAGCUAUGGAUGAGAAGAAGUUGUUUGAGCCAAACCCCCCAACCCACAACUUAUGUUCAAGCCAGUGCACCCCUACAAGCAGGAGCCCCCUACCCCCCAGCCAACCAAACAUACCCACCAGCCAACCAACCAUAUGCGCAACCGUAUCCCACAGGGAAUUACCAGACACAGUAUGCACCACACCCAGCUGCUCCUUAUGGACAGAAUAGUGUGCAGCCAGCUGCGGAAACAGCUGUCCAUCAGCCGUCAUACAAUUCCACACCACAUCAUGCUGAAGAUGGAGGGUUUACAACACGAGGUUCAUUUGACGACAAAAGUGUUCGUCGUUUGUUUAUUCGGAAAGUUUACAUCACACUGGGUCUUCAACUGCUGGUAACAUUUGGAAUUGUCUGCAUUUUCACUUUCAUACCUUCUGUGAAGACAUUCAUUAGAGCAAAUUCAGCGAUGUAUUAUGUUGCAUAUGCUAUUUUCCUUGCUCUCUACAUAGCUCUGGUGUGCUGCCCCAAUGUUCGACGCAAGCAUCCUACCAACAUUAUUGUUCUUGCCAUCUUCACACUUGCCCUCUCCUACAUGGUUGGAACUAUUGCAAGCUUUUAUGACACAAUGUCUGUUGUUAUCGCCUUAGGCAUAACAGUGGGUGUAUGUGUAGCUGUUACAUUAUUCUCAUUGCAAACCAAAUUUGACUUCACAAAAUGCUCCGGUCUUCUCUUUGUACUUGUUCUUGUGCUCAUGCUGUUUGGAUUUGUGACUAUCUUCACAUGGAAUAAGUCAUGGUAUCUUCAUGUUGUAUAUGGAUCCCUGGGUGCUCUUGUUUUCACUUUGUUCCUGGCUUUCGACACUCAACUUAUAAUGGGAGGAAAACGUUAUGAGCUUGACCCAGAAGAAUACAUCUAUGGUGCCCUCAAUCUCUACAUAGAUGUUGUUUACAUUUUCAUCUUUAUUCUUUCCAUUUUUGGGAGUAGCAACUAGUGUUGUGGAUAUAAGGAGACUGUAUGGAACUAUGCCAUACAUCUGUAAUUAACUAGCUCAUAGAGACAAGCUAAAGAAAGCUGUCUCAAAAAGCAAACACUAAUGAUUUCUUGUUGUUCAUUAUUUAGGAUGUUUAUUUAAUUCCAUGUGUUUGGUAUUAUGUCGACUCAUUGUUAUCUCAAGCAAAGUUUGCAUAAUUGAAUAUAUUUUAAUUAAAAGUUUUGAUAAAGUUUUUGCUAGGAUUACAAAUUAAGUUGCCACAUGAUAUCCUGAUGCACAAUGUACAACAGUGUGAAUAGUUAAUUACAUAGGAUUUAGUUCAGCAGUUGGCCCAUCGCUCAUGUUUAGUUGACUACUGUAUAUAAUGGGGUAUCUAUUAUUAUGUACGUUGUUUGAUGUUAAAUUAAUGUAUUUUAAGCACACUUGCCUAAAUGUUUAAUCUGACAAAUGUGAAAUGCUAAGUAAUGGAAAUUUAUUGUUUAUUUUUUCUUGUAUAUAGCAAACCCAUCUUGUCACCCCUGUACAUUUGGAACAAAAAUGUAGAUUACAUUGUAGUAGUCUGAACUGUAAUGUUAAAUUUGGUAAUUAGUACUUGAAACCAUUGCUGUGAUUUCCAUAUCUUAAAAGUUUUAAAAGAUAUAUAGGUUUAUUUGUUGUUGUAAUUUAUUCAAGCAUACAUAUGUAUAUUACUGUUGAUAAUAACAAGCAAAUAAAAGUUGUAUAACUUGGUUUUAUGAAGACUAA